GUAUCAUACGCUGUUAAUCUGUAGCCACUCCUUUGCUCUUUUCUAUAUUCUUGACCCUUUCUCUGCGCUAAAUCCUCAUAUCUUAUGGCCGGCUACUUCUCCAACCACUCCCAGUCUCGUCUCUUGGCUAACCGCGACAUUAGCUCCAACUCUCAGAAUAAUACACCUUCCCCUUCUCCAGUAAGGACCGCUCCUCCAUCUGCAUCUCGCCGUCAACCAUCUUCAAAGCACUUUGCAACGUCGCUGACCACGUCUGGAGACGACAAAUUACACUCCAAAGAAAAGUCUCUCUCUUCCGCAUCCUCUCUCAGUCCGGGUGUGCACCCUCUCAGAAACACAUGGGUCUUCUGGUUCCGUCAACAGCGUGCUCCGGGUAAUAAAAUAACUAAUUACGAGGAAGGAAUCAAAAAGAUCUCGUCCUUCAGUUCUGUCGAGUCCUUUUGGUCUCUAUGGACACAUUUGCAAUCUCCUUCAGCGCUUCUCCCUACCACUGACUAUCUUUUAUUCCAUCUGGGAGUACGCCGGCCUGUGUGGGAAGACCCGCUCAACAUCACAGGCGGGAAAUGGAUUAUACGCCUCAGGAAGGGUAUAGCUGACAGAAUAUGGGAAGAUUUGGUUGUAGCGAUCAUCGGCGACCAAUUCGACGAGUGUAAACUAGAUGGGGGGAAGGACGAGUCUAUCCUGCACUCCGCUGUUGACAGCAGCAUCGGGAACGGUGGUGACAAUGUCGAGUGGCCUGAGAUUUGCGGGUGCACGAUCAGUGUUAGGCAGAGUGAAGACAUCAUCAGCAUAUGGAACAGAGUUGACGGCGAUCACAAAGUACGAGAGAAGAUCCGCGACACCAUACGGACCGUCCUUAAUCUUCCUCCCUCGACCAUAAUGGAGUACAAGUCUAACAACGGUACGUUUAGGUGCAGAAAGGGGCUUAUACGACCAAACUUAUUUCGGCGUGUAGACUCUAUGCAAGACAAAUCCAGUUUUCGUAAUUCGGCGAUCGACAGAACGCCCUUGUCGUAACAGAUUUGUUUGUUGGACUCCGUAUACGAUAUGUGUUAUUGUUUGGUACGAUACCACUGUCUGGCGAAGUGCUGGUGUAAAUUGUAUCGUGCGAGCUGGGCUGGCUGUAAUGUCCUUACUAGUAUGAUUCAGAUGCAUAGUGAAAUUGUAGCAGUUCGUAAA